GCACGACAGACAACCCUAGUGACAACCCUGUGUUAGACUUGUCAGACAAACACAUUUCCGAAAACUCACUUAAAACGUUAAAUUAAAAGUUCAGAUAACAACAGAUAGUUUAAAAAAGUUUUUGUUUUCGGCUGUGGUUUGUUUUUAUUGUCGUAUGUCCAUCCAGAAUUUAAACACUCGUGACCCCUUUGCUGAUGCAAUCAAGGGCAAUGAUGAUGAUAUUCAAGACGGGCUAGUGCAUAUAAGAAUCCAGCAGAGGAACGGUCGCAAGACACUAACCACUGUCCAGGGCCUGUCCGCGGAGUAUGACUUGAAGAAGAUAGUCCGCUCCUGCAAGAAGGAAUUCGCAUGCAAUGGCACUGUAAUCGAGCACCCAGAGUAUGGUGAGGUUCUCCAGCUCCAGGGCGAUCAGCGUGAGAACAUCUGUCAAUGGUUGACGAAGGUGGGACUAGCUAAGCCGGACCAGCUCAAGGUGCACGGCUUCUAGGCGGACAAAAACGAACAAAAAGCGGUGUGAAUUCUCACUACUAUUUCAUUCUUAAGCACCACAACAACAUUAACACCCUUUAACAGCAACUAAAGCUAAAGUUCUUUGUUCCGAUUUAAUUGAAAAACUCUCUUGAUAUAUAGAACAUUUACAUGAAGACAGAAGAAGCAAUAGACCAUUAACUGAGAACAAUGUUAUAAAUAAAAUUAAAUGUUCAAUUUAAAUAAACGAACGUGUGUGUGGGCGCUGCCUUAGCAUAAUGGAGACGAAAACGGA